UCGAAAAUUAUUUUAGUUGCCCAAGUCGAGUGCAGUUGUGUGGAAGUGAAAGAGAAGCCAAAAAAAAAGAAGCAGUCAGCAACGGCAAGAAAACGUGUUAAAUACACUUUCCAUAAUUAACUUUCAUAGUUGCGGUCUUGGUUGUUCGAAAUUUUUGGAGUUUCCGUAGUUUUCCGCAUUUUGCAGACUAAGAUUUAUUAAGAUUCGGGUUGUGCAAUGCGUGACUGCUGAUUAUAUAAGUCGCACAAUUGGCCAAAGUUCAAGUAUUCAAGUAGUUCUUUCAGUGGAAAAGUAAGUUGGAAAGUAAGCAAAAAUUCAGGUUGUGUCAAAAAGCCGGCAAAACUAGAAAAAAAAUAUUUUUGCACGGGCGGAAUUUUGACAGGCGAACGGCAACAAGCAAUCGGGAAAAAGAGCAACUAAAAGUUUCGCAGGAAAAGAGCAACAGAAGAAGGAAAAUAGAAAAUCAAGAGUGCCGCCGGCAAGAGCGUGAAUUUAUAAAUAAAACCAGCGGAUAGGAAGAGAUCCGGUGCCUCUUCGCAAGAGUACGGGUAAACAAAGCGAUGCCGGAGCCACUGGGACUGGUCUUCUCCAUGCCGGAGACAAAGUCGAAGGCGCCUGUUAUUAAGAUGUCCUGCGGCAUCGGCGACACGGAUGGCUAUCCCGCCUUCGACGUCGACUCGGAUGCAUAUGCCACCAAGGACGACAGCAGGUGGGGAUUCCUCAUCACCGGCGGUGCCGAAUUCCACAUGCCGCUGACAGUCUUCCAGGUGACCCCAAACGGCCUGGCCGAUAAAGCGGGCAUUCGCCUGGGCGACAUCAUACUCGAGAUUAACGAGGAGGACGCCUCGCAGCUGACACUUUCCCAGGCCCACGAGAAAAUCAACUCGACGCCCAAGAAGAUACAUUUCCUGCUGCGCAACAUGGAGGAGGACGAUCCCAUGGGCCAGUUCGAGGCCGGAGAGGAGAAGUCGAUUGUGAUGCGGGUGCCAAAGCCUCUGCCGCCGCCCAGUGGACGCAUUCGUGCCAGCUCCAUCGAGUUGCGCCUGCUGGAGAUGCAGCGAAAGCUGUCGGCCAUAGCCGAAAUACCCAAGAUCCUGUGCUCCACAUUGGCCACCGUCUCGCAGAGCUUUGGCCGGAUGAGUGAGUCGGAGGUGGAUGAGGACGAGGAGGCCUAUGUGCAGCGCAAGUUCUCCUACGACGAGGAUGCCCUUGACUUCGAGCUGAGGGACGGGGAUCUGGCAGGUGACACUGAGAGUGACGAGGAUGAUUUGGUGCAGGUCCAGGAGGAUGAUGGCUAUGAUGGCCAGGAGGCGGGGCAUGCCCCCAAAGGUGGCAAGCAAUCAAAGCUGCUGAAGGAUGUGACGCCGGAAUCGGAUUAUGCAUCGGAAGCCAAUUAUCCGGCAAAUGAGGCGAGUGAUGACACGGAAUCCGAAGGUGAGCAAGAGUCUGGCAGCGCUGUGUAUUUUAUGAAAUUGCCAGCGGCACCAGCCGAGGAUACCUACUCCUCGACGGAGGACGAGGAUGACAGCGACUUCUUGAACACCACCUACACCUGGAAUCUCCGCAACGUGCCCAAGCUGCGCAUUAACGAUGCCGAGGCCGAGGGCGAACUGACAGUGGGACACCAGGCGAAGGAGGUGCCACAGGAGGAGCAGCUCAAAGAGAGGGAGCCACUCUUGGAGGCGGAGCCGCCUAAGGUGCGCCCAGCCACGCCCACACCGCAGGCACCGCCUCAGGAUUCCGCCGAGGGACAGACGCAAAAGUUGCUUUUCAGACUGGAUAAGCUGGAGCGAUCUUGGCCCUGGGCGGACCGUGAGAAAAUCAUUUACAAGCAAUCCACGUGCCAUUUGGUGCCACGGAAGCCGCUGGGAUUGGUGGGCCAGCGAAUGCAGCUGCUGCUCAAGGACAAAAAGGAGUGAACCCACAGGCGGAGGAAGGAGUCAGACCCCACGUUAAACAGUUCCUGCCAUUAGCUUAAGUCUAACCUCAGAGGGUGUACAUACCGACUGCGAAGGGUGGGUGUGAAGUGGCCAACUUUUAAUUGAGUUCAUUAUGCAAAUACACAGGCGACAAGAGCAGCCUCAACUCCAGCAGCACUUCAAUUAAAAGCCGCACACCAGGGCGUAUACGAAACUCUAUUCAAACACACUUCACACCCCAGCCUUUUUACCCGAGUAAAAUUUUUAAUUAAAGUGCACUCUCCCGCAUGCCAAAAAAUCACUGCCAAGUCAAACGCAACCAGAGUCAAAAUCGAGACAAAACCAAACCAAAAAGUAGACCAAACUCAGCUCCAGCUCUCCAACUGGCACUUGCCACUUGGCCAGGUUUAUGCAUUAUUUGUGACCACACCAUAAAUUCCAGCUGAAGGCCAACGCAAUGCACUUAUCCCUCCGACAACAGGACGUCCAAGUCACGCAGGAUACGAGAACGGGCGAUGACGAUGUCAGAAAAUGUUGCUUGAAUUUUACCCUUAAUUUUAGGACUAUUUACUCUUGCAAAGGAAAGUAUCACGAGAUCAGUGAAGUUUAUUUUAUAAUGCAAAAUCUAAUGAUGUCUAAAAAAUUAAAAUUCUGCAAUUUAUUUUCAGUUUAUGUAUAAAAAUAUCUACAUUAAAUAAUCUUUGCUGAAAUUUAGUUUAAAAUGGAUUUAAAAGUUAAUAAAAUUUUCUAUAGACUUUGGCUUA